AUGAAGUGGAUUGUUCUCUCCUUUGCUGCUGUCGCAUGCGCGCUGCAGACGUUACCCCCAGUACACCUUGAGCCUGUCUCUGGCAAGGGCUUUUCUCUAGACUCAGCCAACCGAACCAUCUACCUCGAAGCUGACUUCGCACCACUGAGAGACCAGAAUGGUCUGACCUUGAUCCCUCCCUCGGCCCUCGAGUUCGCAAAUACUUUCCGUGACGACCUGCAGGAGCUUACGAAUAGCUCCUGGGACCUCCAAACCGUUACCCGAUUUCCCAACGCGUCAGGCGUGUUUUUGAGUCGCGCAUCGCGUUCCGACCGCUUCAAAUAUGAGAACGGUGGCAAGACUGAGGAGGGAUACGAGUUGGAGGUACAGGAUGGCAGUGUGUUCAUUCGAGGAUCCGGUGCGCGCGGCAUGUGGUGGGGAACGCGGACGCUUCUUCAGCAACUUGUCCUGACACGCUCAUCUAUCCCAGCUGGUCACGUUGAGGAUGCGCCGGCAUACAGCACUCGAGGCUUUCUGCUUGACGCUGGUCGCAAGUGGUAUUCUUUGGAGUUCUUGAAGGAUCUGUGCACCUAUGCCUCAUUCUUCAAGAUGUCCGAGUUCCAUUACCACGCCACGGACAACUACCCUCUGAGUCGCGGUCCCAACGUCACAUGGAACGAAGUAUAUUCGCAGUUCGCGUUGCAUCCCGAAGAUCCAAAUCUUCAGCCCCUGGUCCAGAGACCGAACGAAACGCUGUCCCGCGCCGAAUUUGAUGAUUUCCAGCAGCACUGUGCCCAACGAGGCGUGACAGUCAUCCCGGAGAUUGAAAGCCCUGGCCACUGCCUCACUGUCACUAAAUGGAAACCCGAGCUGGCAUUGGACUCCAGGGACCUGCUUAAUCUCUCCCAUCCAGACACCAUUCCCUUGAUGAAGUCCAUCUGGACCGAGUUUCUCCCUUGGUUCCACACGAAGGAGGUCAAUAUCGGCGCUGACGAGUAUGACUCCACGCUUGGUGAUGACUAUGUGAAAUUCGUCAACGAAAUGUCUCAGUUCGUCCAAAAGACAGCUGGAAAAAGCGUCCGUAUCUGGGGAACAUAUGAGCCGUCAAAUCUCACGAUUGAUAAGGAUAUCACUAUCCAGCAUUGGCAGUUUGGUCAAUCGGAUCCGGUUGAUUUGGCUCGCAACGGGUACCAGAUUCUCAACUCUGAAGAUACGUGGGCCUACAUGUCUCUGAAAAACGACCAUGUCCCUAUCAUCCCGGCCCCAUACCCUCAGUUCUUCAACAACACUCGUUUGCUUAGCUUUGCUGGUCGGACCGGGUGGGAGUGGGCCCCGCAGUUGUUCAAUUCAGUGAACAUAACUGAACAACCGGAUGCGAAGGCUGUUCAAGGUGCCAUCAUGGCUGCAUGGAAUGACAAUGGCCCAGACGCGACUACCCAGCUUGAGGCUUAUUACGCGAUUCGUGACGGCAUUCCAGUCGUUGCAUCGCGAGCCUGGUCUGGUAAUCGUGGUCCACGCCUGGAACAAGGAAAGUUGGAUACGUCCAUGUCUUUGUUGACCUCUCGAGCUGUUGGGCAAAACCUCGAUCGCCGCCUGGAUGUGGAGUCACGAAAGAAAUCAGGAACUCUGUUGUCGUGGUCCUCAGACUCCCAAUCGAACCCUGGUGAACAUCACUUGGGUCACGGCAGCAAGGGCAUGGACUACACCCUUGAUCUUGAGGUUACUGGUCCAUUCGCUUUGAGCUCUUCAGACGCUAGACUUACUCUAUCCACGGAGGGUCAGCUAACGUUCACAUCUGACGGAUGGCCGUACCCCUUGCGCUCCGUCGCAGAGACUGAUGGAUUUGAUCAAACUCAGCCGGGGCGAAUUUGGGCCAACACGACCACCUCGACCCAUGAGAUCGUACAAGUUCCUCAGCAAUCCCGAAUUACUAUCUCCACCAGCAAGACUACUGGUAGUCGGGUGUGGGUGGAUGGUACUUUUGCCGGGCGCUUUGAAGUAUUCGUCUACGGAGGAAAAAACAAAGUCUUCUCCUGGAGUCAGAUGGCUUUUGUUGCACCACUCGAAACCUUGCAGGGCUCCGGAUUGCACAACCUUACUCUUCGUCAUGGAAGCAGACAUGUCUGA